GUCUUGACUGUCAUCCUUGCAGAUCUUCUCAAAGAUACCACUAUUUCAUGAUCAUUUGCAUAUCCGUACUUCACGCUCCAUCCUCAGACCGACCUUUACCAAAACAAGAACAUAUCCAGCAAACCCCACUACCGCCUGGGCCGCUACCUCUCUAACUCUCUGCCAUUGGCUCGCUUCAUCGUUAUGAGUACCUCACCUCAGAGUCGUCUCGACAGGCUGUUUGCCGGAAAGCCUUUACCAACUCCUCCAGUCCCAGGCGAACUUCAUUUCUCCGAGAAGGAACUCAAAGAGAUCAGCCAAAAACCCUGUCAGACACCUGCAGCAGAACAAUGUCCGCAAAACGUCCCUACUCUCCCAACAUCUCAGCCUACUCCAGCAGCAGAUGUCUGGAGUAGUUCUGAGGAUGAGGAUGAUUAUGUGGCUGCCUUCAAAUCGAAACCAUCUAUGAAGGCGCAAAAUCAGCAGCCCACAAAGGAGUCUGAGCAUGUCUCUACCAUAGCCAAGUCAUCGGGUGCCUCCAUUUACAAGAGCAGCAAUCCCUCGAUGCUUGAGCCAGCAGCUCAUGAUAAUGUCAAGAGUGUCCUAGACUCCAAUGAGCAACAAGGAAAGGUUACCGGAGAGUUUUGCCAAUUUUUUCUUACUGCUAAGUUUCCAUACAAGUACAUGAAUGAUGGUGAUGACAAAGUUUCCAAACGUUUCUUCGCCGCGAACAAAUUCUACAACCGCGACUGGGACAUCUAUUAUGUUCAUCCACCCGUCAGUCUGAGCUCAAAACCAAUCAUUCUUCUUCCAUUUGCCCAGGUGCAAAAACUCAUCACCGAGAUCGGCGAGGCCUUUAAGAUCGAAGUCUCAGUACCAGAUUUUCCCUUUACCCUCAAGUUUUUCGAUGAUAACACCCCUCAACCGCAAUUUCUCGGAACCUCUAAGUCAAGAGACCAAUUUACAAACUUACAGAACUCAAUCGAAAUGCCUUCCGAGAGCCAUGGUGAAUGCCCUGCGAAAGCAUCAUUGUGUGAGAAACAGCAAUUAUCAGCUUUCAGGAAAAAGUGUCAAGAUGCGCUUGCUGCCAACAAAAAGUCCGGAGGCAAAAGCACCACAAGCAAGAAGAAAGAGGAUGAUCGGCUGCUAUCCGUUCGUGACUUUAACGCACAGCUGAGAAGACUGCAACGAUACUUUGGGCUACGUGCGAAAUCGUCCAAGUCCCCACAUCCUGAUGUACACUCGUCCUGGACAUCAGAGCAGGAAGUACAUCAGGUUCAGCAGGAUAAAAUAGUCAUGGGCCAUCUGAAAGUUGGUGACGUUGCACCUUACGCGUUUGAGAAAGAGCCGGUCUUCGUCUCAGUUGACAUUGAGUCAUACGAAAGAGCUCACGAGCUAAUCACCGAAGUCGGCAUAAGCACCCUUGAUACACUUGAUCUUAUCGAUACUCCCCCGGGAGAAAACGGCAAGAACUGGAUCAACUGUAUUCGCUCACGCCAUUUCAGAAUUAGAGACCAUGCACACCUGGUCAACCGUGAUUUCUGUGUGGGUAACCCAGAUGCAUUUCAAUUUGGUCGGUCGGAAUGGAUUACACUCCAACAAGCUCCUACUGAGGUCGACAACUGUUUCAAGUGGCCAUUCUCUGUACAGUUCAAGCAUGUGGGGCUUGAGGACCCCUGGAGAACGUCAGAUACUACGAGCACCAGUUCCAAGUCACCACAAGCUAGGGAUGGAAAGCCUGUUGUUGCAGAUGAUUCCGUGGAUGCUGGCCAGGACCCACAACUCCUCCAGCGAGGUCCGAAACAUCGCAAUGUCAUCCUUGUGGGACAUGAUAUUCGUAGUGACCUUCAAUAUCUUCGAGUUCUGGGAAGCAAGAUUUUCAAGCCGUCGCGUGGUACUUAUCCUGUUGCAGCGAUGGAGGCGGUGAACGAUGGCAGCGAUAUUGUUCAAACUCUGUCUUCUAUCGUUGAGGCUCUCGAUACUGCGCCUCUGUACAAGGCCUUCAAGAGUGAGAGUCAACCUCGCAACCUUGGGUCCAUAGCAUCCAAUCUGGGCUUGCAAUGCUUCUUUUUGCACAACGGAGGCAACGAUGCUAGGUAUACUUUGGAAGCUUUGGUCGCCCUGGCAAUCCAGGCACGAUUGUUGGAAGAUACGAAAACUUCUGGUAAAAAGGGCGAUGGUAUUCCUGCGGAUCAAGCUUUGAGCAGUACAUCAGAUUGGUCGGGUGGACUUAGACUGGACGAUUCUGACGACGUGAGUGCAAUGACAGAGCGAUUGGACCCCAAGAACUUGGUCGAGGAAGAAAACGGAAAGGAGGAAGAAGAAGAAGAAUGGGAGUUGUGAAGACGUAACAACACUUGAGUAUUGCUCGGUUUGCUGCAAUAACGAAUCAUGACUUGACGAUCGAUUGAUGGUGACGACUACUUCAGCAUAGAGCUGGAUUUCCCUAUGGUGUGUAUUGUGAGAUUAAAUCGAGGGUGGUUGUCAACGCGAGGCCAUGGGUCCCAAUGGGCUAGAGUCUUGUAUGUGGCCUUGAGUUGACCAUGAAUAGCAAGUCUCGUUACGAAGGCACUUUGAUGCGCUGUUAUAUUCUAUCCCAGGCUAAAUAAUGAGCGUCGCUUUCAUUCCAAG